GGUCAGUCAAUGUUAGGUUAGCAGACAUGGCGGCGGUUUGUUUCUCCUUCAGCCGCUCAGCUGCUCUUACAAUGCGCUCCUCUUCUGUUCUAGUGGCUGUGCGCUAUGUGCAGACGGCUGCUGCUGCUCAGCCACGCAUGAAGAAGUUCCAGAUUUACCGGUGGGAUCCUGAUAAGCCCGGAGACAAACCACGCAUGCAGACCUACGAGCUCGACCUCAACGCCUGUGGGCCGAUGGUGCUGGACGCUCUGAUCAAGAUUAAGAACGAGAUGGACCCCACUCUCACCUUCAGACGCUCCUGCAGAGAAGGUAUCUGUGGUUCAUGUGCCAUGAACAUUGACGGUGGAAACACGUUGGCCUGCCUGAACAGAAUUGACACCAACACUAGUAAAGUCGCCAAGAUCUACCCACUACCACACAUGUACGUGGUGAAGGACCUGGUGCCGGACAUGAAUAAUUUUUAUGCUCAGUACAAGUCGAUCGAGCCCUUCCUGAAGAGGAAGGAUGAGAGUCAGCAGGGGAAGCAGCAGUACCUGCAGAGUGUGGACGACCGACAGAAACUGGAUGGACUGUACGAGUGUAUCCUGUGUGCCUGCUGCAGUACCAGUUGUCCCAGUUACUGGUGGAAUGGAGAUAAAUACCUGGGACCCGCCGUCCUCAUGCAGGCGUACCGGUGGAUGGUGGACUCGCGUGAUGAGUACACAGAGGAACGCCUGGCCAAACUUCAGGACCCGUUCUCACUGUACCGCUGUCACACCAUCCUGAACUGCACCAAGACCUGCCCCAAGGGUUUGAAUCCUGGAAAGGCCAUCGCUGAGAUUAAGAAGAUGAUGGCCACGUAUAAGGACAAGAAAGCCGCCACUGUCUGAUCGUCCACGGUGGCGGUGUGACGGUUUAGAGAACUGAACCUGUUCUGAAGGAUCUGACGGGCCUCUCUCAGCUGUACACGCACACGCUCUGUAUAUACACUAUAGUAAUAAUAACAGUUAACAUGAGUGUGUGUGUGUGUGUGUGUGUGUGUGUGAGAGUACACUCCUCUGUUCAGGUGUGAGUAAGUAUACAGGUGUGCUGCAGUCAGGAUCUUGAACGCUUGUAUUCGUGGGAUAUGUUGAUUUAUAAACGUUAUAAAGAAUAAAUUAAUGCGUAACCACCA